GUAACUCGAGUGCGGGGCACACUUUCGUGGAAUGAAGCUCUUCGAGCGCGUCAAAGCGACUUUCAGUCGAGUGGUACUCAAGGUUGAGGAAAAACGGAACGGAUUGAGAGUCGCUGUUCAAGCGCCCGAGAAAGGGUUUUAGGGAGCACGAACUGAGAAUCUGGAAGUUCAGUGCUGUUUUUUCCUCGGUUUUUGAGAUAAUUGAUUUUGGUUCGGGAUUUUCUUUUGAGCGGUACGUGACGGAAAUAGUUGAGGUGUUUUUUUUAAUUUGAAGAUUAUCUUUCUGUUGAACGUAAUUAGUUUCUCAAGAGGACAGGCAAGGAUUAAAAAGUGAAUAAAUUAAACAACUAUCUUCGUUCAGCUCGAAUCCAACCCCCCAUUCCGACAAUCAAUUGCAGCAAACGUCCAGAAUGAAAAAUAACCUGUUGCAUCGUUUGCAAGGAAGCUACCUGUCCGCAUUGCCGCUGCUGCUCCUCCUCUCCGCAACACCAGCUGUGUCCUCGUCGGACUGGUGGCAGGACACGGUCUUCUACCAGAUCUACCCGCGCUCCUUCAUGGACAGUGACGGCGAUGGGGUGGGGGAUUUGCGCGGGAUUACCUCAAGGUUGCAGCACCUGGCGGACGCGGGCAUUGGAGCGACGUGGAUGUCGCCGAUAUUCAAGUCUCCCAUGGUGGACUUUGGGUACGACAUUGAGGACUAUAUGGCGAUUCAGCCGGAAUAUGGGAGUAUGGAGGACUUUGACGCGCUGAUGGAGGAAGCGAACCGGUUGGGGAUUCGGGUGGUGCUGGAUUUCGUACCGAACCAUAGCAGCGAUCGGUGCGAGUGGUUUCGGCGGUCGGCGGCGAGGGAGCCCGGGUAUGAGGACUUUUACGUGUGGCACGAUGGGAAGGAGAAUCCGGACGGGGGGCAGCCGUUGGUGCCGAAUAAUUGGCAAUCGGUGUUCUACGGAUCAGCGUGGACGUUCCAUCCGGGUCGAGGUCAGUACUAUCUGCAUCAGUUCACCAAGGAGCAACCGGAUCUGAACUUCCGCAACCCAGCCGUGGUAGAGCGAAUGAAGGACGUGAUGCGGUUCUGGUUGGGCAAGGGUGUGGCGGGUUUUCGGGUGGACGCCGUGAACCACCUAUUUGAAGUGGAGGACUUUCGCGAUGAGCCGGUGACCGGAACCGAUCCAGAUCCACUGUCGUACGGCUUUACCCAUCACUACUACACAAAAGAUUUGCCGGAGGUGUACGACAUGGUGUACCAGUGGCGUUCCCUCUUGGACGACUGGACGCAGGAUCACGGUGGUCCGACCAGUAUCAUGAUGACCGAAGCGUACGCCAACAUAACCUUCACCAUGAAGUACUACCGAUCGGAGGACGGGUCAAGGGUAGGAUCACACAUGCCCUUCAACUUCCUCCUUAUUACCGACCUUAAUCAAGCUUCUACGGCGCAAGACUUUGUGUUUACGAUCAACAAGUGGCUGACUUACAUGCCACGGGAUCAGCAAGCCAACUGGGUCAUUGGGAACCACGAUCAACCGCGUGUUGGAUCGCGGUACGGAGUUGACCGCAUCGACGCGAUCAACACACUGUUGAUGACUCUACCUGGCAUCGCCGUCACGUACUAUGGUGAGGAGAUCGGCAUGGUGGACUACAAGAACGUGUCCGGGGUUGAAACGGCGGGAUCGGAUGUUUUCAUCGAUUUCUCUCGGGAUCCCGAGCGGACUCCGUUUCAGUGGAAUGAUGGGAAGAACGCGGGAUUCUCAAGUGGGGAAAGUACGUGGCUUCCGGUGAAUCCCAACUAUGUUGAUUUGAAUCUCGAAAAGCAGAAGCAAGCGGAGCGGAGUCACUACAAAACCUACCAGGAGUUGGUGAAGCUGAGAAAGCACGAGACGUUCCGGAAGGGAUCGAUCCAAAUGAUUCCGUACAACGAGCAGGUGGUGACAUUCGUUAGGGAACUCCCCGGCCAUCCAACGUUCGUAAGCGUCCUCAACCUGGGUCCCCGUGAGCAACAGCUGGAUCUUUCGAUAUUCACGCGACUGUCAGCAGAGCUGAACGUGGCCGUGGCGUCCUCCCGGUCCAACUUUCGCGCCGGAGAUGCGGUUCAGCGAGAUCGGCUGACGCUGGGAGCGUUUGAUUCAUUGGUUCUGCAGGAAAGUGAAAGCCACCUCCGGCUGCCGUUUGGAGUGUCCCUUCCGGUGGGUCGACUGUGGGGCGGUUCGGGCGUGACCUCCCGCCAGCUGGGCGUAGGGGACGUGGCCCUAAUUGCGUCGAUAUUAAUUGCACUGGGCGCGCUCGGUGGUGGCUGCUGUAUUCAUUUUGGCCUGCGCCGGCAAAAGGCAAACCAGCCGCAGGUUGAGUCCGAGAAGCAGCGAAAGUUUGGAGGUGCGUGGCGCGGUGCGGCGAGGUCACUUUCGGUGGGGUGAGCAGGUGGAACGUAUCGACAAGGAUGAUGACGGAGAGGAUGGUUUUAUCCAUUGCUAGACAUUGUCUUGGACAUUUUGAGGAGCAAACCUAUUGGAAGAUAUACCCAGAGCAAAAAAAAAGUUCUUAGCAUAACUAUACUCAGGAAUCUCUCAUUAGGUUUAAAAUAUACGUAGGUAUACAUAUAAUUGAAAAUGAAAUUUAA